AAGGAAAAGAUGAGGCCCCUUCUGCAGAAAACCACCCCUCGCGGGUGCCACAGGGGAAGGCAGGAGAGCGGAGCUCAGUCCUUUAUUCUGCCGGACAGUUUUUCUUCGAGUACCUGGUGGUGGUGUCGCUGAAGAAGAUGUUGGACGGACGUUACGAACCCAAGAUAACUUACCAGUUCCCAAAGCGCGAGAACUUGCUGAAGGGCCAGAAGGAGGAGGAGGAACGUCUCCUGCAAGCCAUCCCCCUCUUCUGCUUCCCCGACGGCAACAACUGGGCCCCCGUCACCGAGUUCACCAGCGAAACCUUUUCUUUUGUCCUGACCAACGUGGACGGCAGCAGGAAGAUCGGCUACUGCAGGCGGCUGCUGCCAUCCGGCCGCGGCGUCCGCUUCCCUGAGGUCUUCUGCAUCAUCAGCUGCCUGGGCUGUUUCGGGCUCUUCUCCAAGAUCCUGGACGAGGUGGAGAAGAGGCGCCAGAUCUCCAUGGCGGUGAUUUAUCCCUUCAUGCAGGGCCUUCGGGAAUCGCCCUUCCCAGCUCCAGGGAAAACUGUCACCAUUAAAAGCUUCAUCCCCGAGUCAGGCACGGAG